AUGUUCAGCAAGAAGGAGAAGGUGGCCCCGCGCCAUGUGCGGGCCAUCAAGAGCUAUACGGCGCAGCACGAAACCGAGCUCAGCUUUCAGGAGGGCGACGAGCUCCUACAGCUGGACGAGAUGUUCAGCAAGAAGGAGAAGGUGGCCCCGCGCCAUGUGCGGGCCAUCAAGAGCUAUACGGCGCAGCACGAAACCGAGCUCAGCUUUCAGGAGGGCGACGAGCUCCUACAGCUGGACGAGUCCUUUGGGUGGCUGGAGGGCGAGCUCAACGGCGUAAGGGGUUGGUUUCCACACGACCAUGUUGAAGCCAUGUUCAGCAAGAAGGAGAAGGUGGCCCCGCGCCAUGUGCGGGCCAUCAAGAGCUAUACGGCGCAGCACGAAACCGAGCUCAGCUUUCAGGAGGGCGACGAGCUCCUACAGCUGGACGAGUCCUUUGGGUGGCUGGAGGGCGAGCUCAACGGCGUAAGGGGUUGGUUUCCACACGACCAUGUUGAAGCCGUCGGCCCCCCACUCGCACAAGGGGGCGGCAUUCAACCGGUCGACGAAACCGAACCCGAGCAAGGCAGUUCCAUUUUGUCGAGGCGCAGGAUGACCAGCGAGCGGCUGGAGUCUUUCCUCACGUUGCGAAGGCCCAUCCGUAAGGACCUCGAGAACAGAAACAUCCUGCCUGCAGGGACGGCCGUGGGAACGAACUGCAGCCCGCAGGUCGUUGAAGCACAGAAGAAGCUCGAGAAGACCAAGAAGGCGCAAGUGCUCUCCAACUUCCUCAAGGGGUCGGUCAUUUUCAGGAAGAAAGAAGCAUUGGACACACACGGUCUGUUUCGACUUUCGGGCAAUCAGCUCGACAUCAACAAGUGGAAAGAUGCGCUGAGCGCUCAUGAUGGGUUUGUCGACUUCAAGAAGGAGAACGUCGACGUUCAUGUCGUAGCGUGCCUUCUUAAGGAGUACAUCCGAUCACUGCCCGAACCGCCAGGCCUGCCCGAGCCCAAUAGGAUCUUCCUAAACUACAUGCUUGUAUUCUUGAAGAAGGUGUCGAUGCACGCGGAUGUCAAUAUGAUGACCAGUGCCAACCUAGGCAUCAUCUUUGGCCCCUCGUUCGUGCAGCCCAAGAUGGUGACGAUGGAGAAGAUGAUGUGUCCCAAACCCGUGGAGGUGGUAGGCCAGCUCAUCGAGUUGGGCUCCAUCCCGGCGAAGUAA